AUGAUAGCUGCUGGUGGAAUGCAGAAGUUAUCCAAGGAAAGAAGUGAUACAAGAAAAAAGAGGGAGAUAGAAAGGAUGGGCCAGGCUAAGAAGGAAUACUGGUUGGCUAAUAGCAACGAAGAAGACAUCAGAGGCAUUCUACCUGGUUCUGGAAAGGGACUCAGCAGAUGUCACAAAGAAACUCUAUCAGGUUCAAAUGACACACAGAAAGAUAAUGAAGGUAGACAAUGUGACAAAGUGCCCUUUUUUCAGGGUGACCCAGGAACACUGAUUAAAGGACUUACUCAAAAUCACACGAGCUUGGUGUUGGUGGUUCUCUUGAUCAUGGCAGUCAGCUGGAGUGAAGGUAGCAGGAGACCCCAUAGGCUGCUCCCAAGGCCCCCAUCAGAGGAAUGUUUUGACCUUAGUGAACUGGAAGUCAAUGACCAGCUGCUGCGACAUCUAGUGGGGAAACCAAUGAGAUGGGAUCGUUACCCAUCUGUAUUCUUGGUGGAACAGCUGGAACCGUUGAAUAAGUCAAACAACAAAAGGGUGAGAUGGCACCAUAAGCACAGCUGCCCGACUCUUGCUAAUCAUCAUCAUAAUCACCAUCACUUAGCAGCUAAAGAGGAUCUCAACAGUCGCUCCAUCUCUCCAUGGACAUACAGGAUUGAUGUGGAUGAGACCAGGUACCCUGAGAAGCUAGCUUUCGCCGAAUGCCUCUGCAAUGGUUGCAUUGAUACUAGAACGGGCACAGAGAACUUAUCCUUAAAUUCUGUGUUGCUGGAGCAAACCAUGAUGGUUCUCCGCAGAAAACCAUGUUCAACAAGCAAGAAGGCCUACAGCUUUGAAAUCGAGUACAUUAAGGUUCCAGUUGGCUGUACCUGUGCAAUGGCCAAAACAAAGAAUUAA